GAGAGUUACCUCCCUUCCUUCAAACUUCAGAGAACAGGUAUCGGGCUGCCUGAUGUCGAAGUGCGAAGCCUCUGCGGACACGAUGGGUGUAAACGUAAGGACGUGGAAGUCAGCCAUACUGCAAUACAGAUACGCCAAUCAUUGCUGUAUGUGAUCUCUACACUGGUGGAGGGGCAACAGUCAGCAAUGUAUCUCAUGAGGUCUGCAAGAAUUUGGUACCUUUAUUUUGGAGUUAUUCUGAUGGUCUUCAUGUGUUUUAUGGUCAAUUUUGGUGUAUGGUGUCCGAAUGAAAAUGAACAAAAAUUGGAAAAUUUGUUGGCCAGAUAUAGAGACCAAAUAAAAGAAAAAGACAAAGAAGUUAGAGAAGCCGGGGACAAAUUGAGAACAUCAGAAAAGAAAAUACAAGACCUCAUCUUAAAUCUGGAAGUUCGGGGGAAGAACAAUCGAGUGUUUGAUCAGUCAAUGCCUGUUAUAUAUGCCAUUACGCCCACUUACAAUCGAAGUGAGCAGAAAGCUGAACUGACCAGGCUGUCACAGACUUUUCUUCACCUGCCAAAUUUUCAUUGGAUAGUGAUAGAAGAUUCAGCAUUAAGAACUAAACUAGUCACCAACUUCUUGAAUCUGUGUGGCUUAUCUUACACACAUUUAAACAUUCUCACACCUAAAGAAGUUAAAUUAAAAUUGGAUGAUCCUAACUGGUUAAAACCAAGAGGUGUAUUACAGAGGAAUAUGGGGUUGUCAUGGUUACGAAAAAACCUGAAUCCUGAAAAACAGCCUGGUGUUGUGUAUUUUGCCGACGAUGACAAUACAUAUGAUCUAAAGAUAUUUGCAGAGAUGCGACAGACACAAAAAGUCUCCGUGUGGCCAGUUGGUCUUGUAGGAAGUCUAAGAUAUGAAAGUCCUGUUGUCAAAAAUGGAAAGGUGACUGGCUGGUUCACAUACUGGAAGCCAGAUCGACCAUUUGCUAUGGACAUGGCAGGGUUUGCUGUCAACCUCCAACUUUUCUUCCAGUAUCCUGAGGUGGAGUUCUCCAACUAUGUGAAGAGAGGGUACCAGGAAUCCACCAUCCUCUCAGGCAUGAAGAUAACCCUGGACGAUCUGGAGCCCCUCGCUGAUCACUGCACAAAGGUGCUGGUUUGGCACACUAGAACUGAGACGCCCAAACUCAAGAAUGAAGACAGGUUGAACAGAAAAUUUGGCCACGGAUCUGAUCCUAAUGUUGAAGUGUAACAAAUGUUGUCUUCCUGGGGAUGGUGGAAUCGGUACACACUGCAUGCCUUUAUUCAUGCAGGUCUCAACAUAUAUUUAUAUACUACUCAACAGAGUAAGAUGGUUGGUUGUUGUUUCAUGCUGCACUCAGCAACAAAAAAAUAUGAACACUAUACAUUAAGAAAGUGGUCAAAUGUACACAUGUUAAAGAACACAUCUGUCAUGACAGACUAACUAUAGUCAUAUGAAAAAUAUGGGUGUUCUUCAACUUCUUUGAGUGGUAUGCUUCCUCUUCAUUAUGCAUCUCUUGCUUUACUGAGCAGUUAGCGGUUGGAUAGCCCAGUGGUUAAAGUGUUCGUUCAUCACAACGAAGGCCCAUGUUCAGUUCCCACAUGGCUAUGAUGUGUGAGAGUCAAUUUUUGGUGUCCCCGACAUGAUAUAGCUUGAAUAUUGCUAAAAGUAAAGUAAACUAUGCUCACUCAGUCACUCACUCAUUGAGCAGUUGGUGGGAUUAUAUAAUCAAAUAUUAGGUCUUUUGCCUUAUUGAUAAAAAUUGUUUGGAAUUUUAUUAAAUGAAAGAUUUUUAUUCCGUAGUUGUAAACAAUUGUGAUUCCCAAUCUCUAUCAGUUGAUAGUCAGGUGCUAACUCUUUAUCAUGUGUGUAGUUUCAUAUAAUUCCGUUUCAUUCAACCUGUAACUUAGGGUAACCUUCACGAUGUUCUGGAUUUUCCAAAACAAAAUGUGUAAAAAUGAUAAUUAGCAGAUGGUUCAUGAGCUUUACCAUUAGUGUUAUUAAACAAGAAAUUUUCUUUUUUAUGCUUAGAAUUUGCUUGAUGAUGUUUGUUUUGCAAUUCAACACCUGGCAUCUGACAUCAAAGGGGUGUGUAUGUGAUAACAGUGUUAUUUUAAUCUUGUUAUUACACAUACUUGUUAUAAAAAGUGUUCAUUGUAUAUCUGGACUUAUGUUUGUAAUCCAUUUUAUUAAAUACAUUCAAAUUUCAUUCAAUAUUGUUUACAUUCAUUCCGGCAAAACUGUGAGUGAUUGCACCAACUCACCGUUAGUUACACCAGCCAUGAACUGAUUAACGCUAUUGACGCCUUGUAACGAAAGGUAGUUGACUGACAAUGGAUACAUAUAUCAUACAUGCCAUACUUUGACUCGUUAAAAGUCAUAUUUGUUGUAGCCUGAGAAUUAUAUGCAAACAUAAUAAAAAGACUGCAGUAAAAUCUCAACUGUGACAGAUCAAACUACAUCUGGCAACAGCAAUCAGUUGUACCAAAAUGCUAUGCUUAUGCCAUGGUUAUUAUUGUUUUAAAUAUAUAUGUUAAGCGCUGCAACUAAAAUAACAUGACAAUGGAAUAUAUAAUUCCUGAUAUAAUAAUAAUUUCAGAUACAAUUUCUUCCAAUCAUUGCAUCAAAAUUUGAUGGAGUUAUAUCAUUAGGUAUUUUUUGACUGAAUCUCCGAUAGAUUAAGAGAAAAUGUGUGUACAGCUGAUUGCUAUUUUUGGCUUAGUUUACGAGAAAAAACACACGGUUAUCUUAAUCCCUGCAUGUAAAACAAUGCCUAGCAGAACAGGAAAUACAAUUUAAAAGGUAAAUCUUCAUGUCUAAUGAUGUUUUAUCACAAAUUUCACAUUUCUAUUGACCAAGUUUGUUAUCACCUUUCGUUCACCUGAAUUCGCUGAAGGGAUACGAAAUAGUUUUUUACUGUGCAUAAUAUUCAAAUAAUAUCUUGCAUUAUAUAAUAGACUUUUUUGCAUCCUGUAAAUGACAAGGGAUUCUGGAUAUCAGGAAAUUUGUUUAUACAGACAUUAUUUGAGAAAACGCAACUGUCUGGAUAAGCAAGGUUCGACUGUAUUAAGAUUAUAUGCCGAUUGUGGAAUUUAUAAUGUAAUAUACUUGCUUAUCUACUCCUACAAUCUGAGAGCAACUCCUUUAUUGACUGUAGAGAAUGACACCAAUGACUCUCAAUGGUUCUCUACCUAGAGUAUGUACCGUAUAUGACUGCGGAUAAGCCGACCCCGUAGAUAAGCCGAGGUGUUAAUUUGACCAUUGAAAUACGAAAGAAAAUGAUAUGACCCGCAGAUAAGCCCAACCAGGAAUUGAAAGG